UGAGGUGAAAACUGCCCCCACACGAUGCCUGGCUGUACUGUAUGCACUCCAGGUAUUAACUGCCACGAUUCUUUCAGCUAGAAAUGUGAGAAAUGGGUUGAGAUGGGGACUCAGUGUUUGGGGAGGAGAACUGGGUUCAAGCCCUGGGGCUGGGCUCUGGGUGUGGGCAUCCAGUCGUCCGGGAAGCGUCCACUCAAGCCCAGGCAAGUCGGUACAGCGGUGUCCCUGGCCCAACGCUUAUGGGCCCGGUGGCCCAGUGACCCCAGUUCCGGGCCAGAGGCACCGCGGGCGGUAUCUCCCGCUCUUGAAGUUCUCCAAGCCCGGGCCGCUCCGUGCCAGGAAGGGAGGGGCGCCCAGUGAGUCAGCCACCGUGACUCGGCCGCCGUGACUCGGCGGAACGGACGCCGCUCCUUCCCUCCCCUAGCGACACGUGCUUGCGGCCCCCCGACAGGAAAUGGGCACCUGCAGCCUCCCGAGUCCCCCCAGCCUGCAGCGGGCGCCCUUCGGUGCCCAAAAUCGAGAGUCGGGGGUGCGGGAGUUGCCCGCUGCAUGACCCUGCGCACGUCCCAGCAUCUCGCGGUCUUGAUUGGCCCCAACCUGUUAAGGAAGAAGAGGUCAAGCCUCCCGGAGCUCACCAGACUGCGCUGCCUCGAGAAGAGGAUAGAGACUUGGCGAUGGGGUUGAGAGGGAAAGACAAAUGGACAGAAACACAGACGAUCGCAGUGUCGAGGAUUCCCAGUCUGUCCGGGCUGGCUUGCCGGUGGUCCCGCCCCGCUCCUGUGUGGGGUUUUCUCGGUCGCAGCCCGGACUCCGGAUCCCAUCCCAGGAAUUUAGACCAAGAUGAAUCAGACCCUGUGAUCCUGUCUGGGCCAGGACUAAAGCAGGUGCCCAGGGCCCCCUUCGAACGCAGAUGGGACAAAGAAAUUAGCGGCGGACAGGAGGAAAGAAAGGCGCGUAUCAAGAAGAUCAUGCAGACGGACGAAGAGAUUGGGAAGGUGGCGGCGGCUGUGCCUGUCAUCAUCUCCCGGGCGCUCGAGCUCUUCCUGGAGUCGCUGUUGAAGAAGGCCUGCCAGGUGACCCAGUCGCGAAACGCCAAGACUAUGACCACGUCCCACCUGGGCCGGAAGCCAGGCAACAGUGGCCGGAAGAAUGGUGGAAUGGGAAGCAAAGGCAAAGACAAGAAGCUGUCGGGGACAGACUCCGAACAGGAGGAUGAGUCUGAGGACACUGACACUGAUGGAGAAGAAGAGACACCGCAGGCGCUACCCCAGGCUAGCCACCCCCCUGCCCACUUUCAGAGUGUGUACCGCAGACCCCACUCCCUGGGGUUGAGGGAUGGGAACCUCGAACCAGCUUGGCCAAUCACAGCCCACACACACUCUGACCGCAGUGAGUGGUGCAGGCCGGACGUGACCACUGGAACUUCAGGUGGGACCACUGAGAAAGGGUUUUGUCAUGAUCACUGGCUUCCCUGUGGCUUAGAGGGCAGCAGGGAACCCUCUCAGAAGUCUGGGUGAGGGCAAUGGCAGCCAUACUAGGGUAGCAAUGCUGACAGAAUGUAGGCCAGGAGCUGCUGUGCUACUGAGGGGCGAUCGCGACGGAACAAGGCCAGCACGGUAGAACCAGGAGGCUCAGAGGCCCGGAUGUCUGAUGGCACCUGAACACCUGGGCCCAGUCUUGCCCGAAGCCUGCCUACCUCGAGUCUCUUAGUCACGUGAGCCAAUAAACGUUUUAUUCUCCCUCGGA